CCGCCGCCCGCGCCCCCCGAGCUGCCCGCGGGCCCGGAGGGGGCGGCGGCCGGGGACCCCGGGGCGGGGGCGGGGGCGGCGGGCCAGGGCGUCCCCGCGGAGCCCGAGGGCGAGCACCCCGAGACGCGCUCGGUGUGCAGCAGCCGCAGCAGCAGCAGCGGCGGGGGCGAGCGGCGCGCGGGGCUCCCGCACCAGCACCACCAGCCCAUCUGCAAGAUCUGCUUCCAGGGCGCCGAGCAGGGGGAGUUGUUAAAUCCCUGCCGAUGUGAUGGGUCAGUUCGGUACACGCAUCAGCUGUGUCUGCUAAAGUGGAUCAGUGAGAGAGGUUCCUGGACCUGCGAGCUCUGCUGUUACAGAUACCAUGUCAUAGCCAUUAAAAUGAAACAACCUUGCCAGUGGCAAAGCAUUUCUAUAACACUGGUUGAGAAAGUUCAGAUGAUUGCUGUAAUCCUAGGAUCCCUGUUCUUAAUAGCGAGUGUGACCUGGCUCCUCUGGUCAGCGUUCAGCCCCUAUGCAGUGUGGCAGAGGAAGGACAUCCUUUUUCAAAUCUGCUAUGGAAUGUAUGGUUUUAUGGAUCUAGUGUGCAUAGGUCUCAUUGUCCACGAAGGAGCUGCAGUUUACAGAGUAUUUAAGCGCUGGCGAGCUGUUAACUUACACUGGGAUGUAUUAAAUUAUGAUAAAGCCACAGACAUCGAAGAAAGUAGCCGGGGAGAGUCUUCCACAAGCAGGACUUUAUGGUUGCCAUUGACGGCUCUACGGAACAGGAACUUGGUCCACCCAACCCAGUUGACCUCCCCGAGGUUUCAGUGUGGCUAUGUGUUAUUGCAUCUGUUCAAUCGGAUGAGGCCCCGUGAAGAUUUGUCAGAAGAUAAUAGCUCAGGGGAGGUUGUGAUGAGAGUGACUUCUGUGUGA